AUGUCAGCAAAAAAGAAGACAAAAUUUCAUCACCCUGUGAGUUGCACUCAAUAUAGCUUCACUUCGUUAACUACCUCUGGAUUUCCUCUAUAUGGGCAACCAGCAGUCAACUCUAACAUUAUCUUUCAGCCAUUAAUUUUGAACAGCCGCCAAUUAGCUGAAUAUUAUACCAAUCAUUACAAUACCACUACUAUGGAUUCAUCAAUCGGGUAUUUAAAUAAUUAUCCACCCCCUGCUCAAUUUGCUCAAAUUUCGCCUUAUGUCCAAGCUAUUCCUUGGAGGAAUUGUGUCGAACAAACUAUAUCUCCAUCUUCAACUCACGCGAGUCGACCAACUUUAUCCGAGGAUCCAUUCAUUGUAAAUCAAGAAUAUAUUCCAUUCGAGAAUGACAAAAAUCAAAAGAAACGGAAAUUAAGUGACAAAGAAUCGCCAAAAUUCGUUAACCCUCAAACGAUUCCUUGGGUGAGUGGAUGGAUUCUUGAUGAUUUUACUAAGGCUAUCUAUAUUCUGAAUCAAGAGAUGCAAGAUUUUGUUGAUUAUAUAUCACCUCGGCACGAGGAACGGCGCAUGCGUCAAUACGUAAUUCGACUUAUUGAACGAGAAUUCGGAGGCGAUAAAAUUGCUAUCUUGGCUUUUGGAAGUUUUGAUACAGAAUUAUAUUUGCCUACAAGUGACAUUGAUCUCGUUUUCUUUUGUAAAUCUACAGAUAUAAGAAAAUUAGUACACUCCUAUGCUGCAAAGAUUCGUAGGCUAAAUGGAUUAAAUGAACCUGCAAAUGGUGGAAUGGGAAGUUAUACAGUCUUGUUGUUGGUAAUUUCUUUUCUGCAGCAUCACAAAUUAUCACGAACCAAUCGGAUUAAUGCUCGACAAAAUCUCGGGGUAUUGCUGAUCGAUUUUUUUGAGCUGUAUGGCAACAAAUUCAACUAUCAAGAUCUAGCGAUAUGUGUAAAGUCAGAUGGUGAUUACCUUCACAAGGCAGAAACUUUAAUUCCAACAAACAAGCCAGAUAUGCUCGCCAUAAUAGAUCCCUGCAACAAUACAAAUAACGUUGCGAAUGCCACAUCCAACUGGAAAUUGAUCCGCGAUGAAUUUGCCGAGGCCGCAAGAAAACUUAGAAAGGCUGUCAUUAAAGUACAAGAUGGAUAUUUUCUCAAACGUUCUAAUGAACCAGCUAACUUUUCUAUACUAGGAAGCAUCGUUAGUGUGAGUAAUGGGUGGCAAAAGGAAAGAAAUCACAUUAUGAAUAUUUACAACGAUAUUAAAGCCGGUCGAAUCAACUCGUUUUCUCCUUUGGAAAGAGGAAAUGAGUUGGACUACGUGUUUUCUGAUGAGCAUUUGCGCGUAAAGGUAGCCAAUAUAGAGAAUGUAUAUGAAGGAUAUAUUCAGGCUGUCGUUGCUCAAAGGAAUAUGGCUUCUUUAGAAGCAAAACCAAAAAGUAUUUUAAAGAAACCUUCCAUUACUUUUCAAUCAAAAGCCCCAAGAUUAAAAUGGGACGAAGAUAACCUACAACUUACAGAAUCUCAGAAAGACUCGACUAUGAAGAUUUCAGAACCAAAGACUCCUUUCAUUCAUUAUAAUCAGGAAACCGACGAGAUUAUGACCGACCUUGACACCAUUCCUGGACUAGCUUUGAACACUAGUGGCAUUUCGCCAGUGGGGUCUGUUUCUUCGGUUUCCUCUUCUGGAGCACAUUUUCCUGAUACAAUCAAAGAUGAUUGGGAAUCCGAGAAUUCAGAAGAAGAUGAAGAAACACGAGAAAAACGUAAAAAGUUUGCACAACUUCGAGCUCGUCAUUAUAAUAUGAAAGAGGCCAUUCGAUUAGGGCAUAAACUUGUCGAUGAGGAAAUUGAUGAUGAGGACAAUAAUAAUCAAAAUAAUGGAAAGAAUCGAUCAAAAAAAGAGGGGAAAAAAUCAGUCGCAUUCUCAUUGAUCGGUGAAACCUCUACACAUACAUAUGAAAAAGAUGUGGUGGGAGAGGAAGAAGUGAAGGAGGAAGACAAAGAUGAAAAAAAUAAAGAAGAAAACGGACUAAUUUUGAUGGAAACUUAA